UAAUUCUCACUUCCACUAAAAAGUACCUCUGCUUGCACCUUUUGAGAGAGAGGGAGAGAGAGAGAGAGAGAGAGAGAGGAUCAUGUGUGGGAUACUUGCAGUGCUCGGUUGCUCCGAUGACUCUCAGGCGAAGAGGGUUCGAGUUCUCGAGCUCUCUCGCAGGUUGAAGCACAGGGGCCCAGAUUGGAGCGGGCUUUGCCAACAUGGAGAUUGUUUCUUGUCUCAUCAGAGAUUGGCGAUCAUUGAUCCCGCCUCUGGUGAUCAACCCCUGUACAACGAGGACAAGUCCAUCGUUGUCACGGUAAACGGAGAGAUUUACAACCACGAAGAGCUAAGGCGACGCCUGCCUGAUCAUAAAUACAGAACUGGAAGCGACUGUGAAGUCAUCGCUCAUCUGUAUGAGGAACACGGAGAAGAUUUCGUCGAUAUGUUGGAUGGAAUGUUCUCCUUCGUUCUAUUGGACACCCGAAACAAUUGCUUCGUUGCGGCAAGGGAUGCAGUGGGAAUAACCCCCCUCUACAUUGGCUGGGGAUUAGACGGCUCUGUUUGGCUCUCGUCGGAAAUGAAAGGAUUAAACGAUGACUGCGAACAUUUUGAAGUAUUUCCACCUGGAAACCUGUACUCAAGCAGAUCAGGCAGCUUCAGAAGAUGGUAUAAUCCUCAGUGGUACAAUGAGACUAUCCCUUCGGCCCCCUAUGAUCCUCUUGUUCUGAGGAAAGCUUUUGAGGAUGCUGUUAUAAAGAGGCUGAUGACUGAUGUGCCAUUUGGGGUUCUGUUAUCUGGUGGCCUCGAUUCCUCGUUGGUCGCCGCUGUUACUGCUCGGCAUCUUGCAGGAAGUAAAGCUGCAGAGCAAUGGGGAACUCAGCUCCAUUCUUUCUGUGUUGGCUUAGAGGGAUCACCAGAUCUCAAGGCUGCAAAAGAGGUUGCAGAGUAUCUGGGUACUGUCCACCAUGAGUUUCACUUCACAGUUCAGGAUGGAAUUGAUGCCAUUGAGGAUGUAAUCUUCCACAUUGAAACGUACGAUGUGACAACAAUCAGGGCAAGCACUCCAAUGUUCCUCAUGGCCAGAAAAAUCAAGUCCUUAGGAGUAAAAAUGGUGAUCUCAGGCGAAGGCUCGGAUGAAAUCUUUGGCGGGUACUUGUAUUUUCACAAAGCACCUAACAAAGAAGAAUUCCAUCACGAAACAUGUCGAAAGAUCAAAGCUCUGCAUCAGUAUGACUGCCUCAGAGCCAACAAAGCAACAUCAGCAUGGGGGCUGGAAGCUCGAGUGCCAUUUUUAGACAAGGAGUUCAUGGAUGUUGCUAUGAGUAUAGAUCCUGAAUCGAAAAUGAUUAAGCCUGAUCUCGGGAGGAUCGAGAAGUGGGUACUGAGGAAAGCUUUUGAUGAUGAAGAGAAUCCCUAUCUUCCAAAGCAUAUUCUCUAUAGGCAAAAGGAGCAGUUCAGUGAUGGUGUUGGAUAUAGUUGGAUUGAUGGGCUGAAGGCUCAUGCUGCAAAACAUGUAACUGAUAGAAUGAUGCUGAAUGCAGCACGUAUUUACCCCCACAACACACCAACCACAAAAGAGGCUUAUUACUACAGAAUGAUCUUUGAAAGGUUCUUCCCUCAGAACUCGGCGAGAUUGACUGUCCCUGGAGGUCCAAGCAUUGCUUGCAGCACGGCGAAGGCUAUCGAAUGGGACGCUCGCUGGUCGAACAAUUUGGAUCCGUCGGGGAGAGCAGCUCUCGGCGUCCAUGACUCUGCCUACGAUCCUCCUCUUCCUUCUUCGAUUUCUGCAGGAAAAGGAGCUGCAAUGAUCACUAACAAGAAGCCGAGGAUUGUGGAUGUAGCAACUCCGGGAGUUGUUAUUAGUACCUGAUGUUGGUUUGGUUUGGUUUGGUUUUGAUGUACAAGUUAAAAUAAAUGUGUGGGGCGUUGUAUUUUGGAUGGAGGGUACUAAAGCGUGUAAUUUGCUGA